CUUGUUAUUAGUAGAUAUUUUGUUUCUAUGUUUUUAAUACUAUUAUUGUUUUUUUAUUUUUUUAAAGAAUGGUGGAUAAGUCGUUUCUGUGGUUUCUUUAUAGUAAAAAGGUUAUGAUAUGUCACUCUUUGUAGUUUGUAACGUCAGUUUUCUGAUUGGUUUGGUUAGAAUUGUACUGCUUUGGGGAUCUCUGUUGGAUUGGUCUUUUGAUGUUCCUUUGAGGAAUAUAUCAAGAGUUCAUCCAAUUCAUAGGUGGUUUUAAUCUGAGAUUUUAUUGGAUUUGGUUCUUCAUCUCCAGUCUUGGCAUUGGUCUGAUUUUGGUUGAUUGGUGAAAGAGUAGUCUUUAAUCUAUUGUUGAUGCUGCAAAGAAGGUCAGAGGAAUUCAUUAUCUUCGUAGAUUGAAUCUUUUGGAAUCUAUAGAACAGUUCUCAUGGAGGUUAGGGUUUCUUCUCUUGUCUGGGAUUGAUGAAUUGAUGCUUAUGUUCUUCAUUCUGUUAUCCAUGAUUAGGUUUCUGUUUUAUAUAUAAUAUGAUAAUCUCUUAUUUAUGGGGAUGCUUGAUGGAAGAUUUGAUUUCCAAAGUCUUGGAAUUCAGAUGUGAAUGAGGACUUGGAUCUCAGUCCUCUUGUAGAAUUAGGGUUUAAUCUUCAUUGGCCAUGCUUUAUUUUAAUUUUUCUAAGUGCUUAUGAUUGCAUUAGAACCUUUUUUAAAGAUUUGAAUUUUUUGCAUAUAAUUCUUUUAAGGAACAUAUAAGUAUGUGUAGUUUGUAAGGACUUAGAAUUCAUAUAGAGGAAAUACAUUCAUGGUAAUUGAAAAAAGCCUUUCUUCUGCCCUCAAUAGACACAAUGGUAUGAGCUAGAGCCCUUUGAGAAGUGGAAGGAACUCUUGUUCUGGAUUUGAAAAUGUACAAGUCCUGGUUUUUUUUCCAAAUGCAUUUUGAAGCUGGAUUUCCAUGAUGGUCUUCCUGUUCGCAAGUGCUUGGAAGUCUGUUUUGGAUUGAGUAGUAGGCAUCUCUAGCAUUACAUGAAGUAACUAGUUACUCCAUUUUCCUUUUUUCCUCGGGAGAGAAAUGAUGUAACGAGUUUCCUGAACAUAGAAAGCGUCGAUGCAUUUUGGUUGUAUGCCUUAUUGAAGCACAUCACAUGAACUGUUGCUAUGCCCAUGACACCAUGGUGUUGCAUGAUAAAAAUCAGUGGAGUCAAUGCAAUCAGAAUAGCAUGGGAAUGUCAAGUGAACAAACUAAUUUGUUGAAAUUUCCUAUUGAAUUCAGAAAGGAUCCGGGUAAUGCUGCAGAGAGUUCUGGUUGUUCCAUGGAAGUUACUGCAACGCCACCGGUACAAAUGAAUGCUGAGCAUGGUGGUGGCAACAAAGGGAAGUUUAAACGCUCUCUUCGGAACAGAAACGGGAUAGAUUAUUUUAUACUUGAUUAUAGCUCAGAGGGGGAAUCAGACUAUGAAGGGGCGAUCAAGGAUUGCUAUUUUAAAUGUCCUCUGCAAACUGAUGACCAUCCCAGAUCGUCAGGCCACUCUAAACCGCACAAGGAAACUGCUAGAUGGAUUCCAGAAAAAGCAUGUAGACCAGUUAUUGAUGAAGCUCCUAUAUUCUACCCCAUUGAAGAGGAGUUCAAAGACACUCUUCGUUAUAUUGCUAGCAUACGCCAGAAAGCUGAACAAUAUGGUAUAUGCCGCAUUGUGCCACCACCUUCCUGGAAGCCUACCUGCCUUCUGAAAGAGAGGAGCUUCUGGGAGAAUGCCAAGUUUGCUACUCGAGUUCAACCAGUUGACUUGCUUCAAAAUAGAGAGCCAAUGAAAAAAAAAUCCAGGAAUCAUUGUCACAGGAAAAGGAAGAGAAGAAGAGGCAAAAGAUUUGGAAUGACUCGUAGAUGUAAUAACUCCAAUAGCUCAGAGGCUAAUAAUGACUGUGCUGCCUCAGACACGGAUGAAAAAUUUGGUUUCCAGUCUGGUCCAGACUUCACACUGAAACAAUUCCAGGAAUAUGCUAAUGACUUCAAGGUGCAAUAUUUUGGCAUUGAAGAUUCUAGCGAAACCUUAGUUUCCUGUAAUGAAGAUCCUCAGAAGAAGUGGCAACCCUCAGUGGAGGAAAUUGAAGGGGAAUACUGGCGAAUAGUUGAAGAACCAACCGAAGAAGUCGAGGUACUCUAUGGUGCUGAUUUGGAAACUGGUGUAUUUGGUAGCGGGUUUCCUAAAGCACCAUUAUCAAAUGAAAUUUACUCAGAUCCAUAUGCGCUGUCAGGCUGGAACUUGAACAAUUUUCCUCGACUUUCCGGUUCUGUACUUUCUUUUGAAAGUGGAGAUAUCUCUGGAGUCCUAGUGCCUUGGAUAUACAUUGGGAUGUGUUUUUCAUCAUUUUGUUGGCAUGUGGAAGAUCACCACCUCUAUUCUCUGAACUAUAUGCACUGGGGUGAACCCAAAAUAUGGUAUGGGGUCCCUGGAAGUGAUGCUGUGAAAUUGGAAGAUGCCAUGAGAAAGAAUUUACCAGAAUUAUUUGAAGAACAACCUGAUUUGCUGCACGAAUUGGUUACUCAAUUGUCUCCUUCUGUUCUAAAGUCUGAGGGUGUUCCAGUUUACCGUGCUAUUCAGAAUCCUGGGGAAUUUAUUCUUACUUUUCCAAGAGCAUACCACUCUGGCUUCAACUGUGGCUUCAAUUGUGCUGAGGCUGUUAAUGUUGCUCCCAUAGACUGGUUACCACAUGGACAGUGUGCUGUUGAGCUUUACAGCAUGCAAUGCCGGAAGACAUCUGUGUCCCAUGACAAGUUACUACUAGGUGCUGCAGAGAAAGCUGUCAGAGCACUCUGGGAGCUUUCAUUCUUGGGGAGUAAAAGCCUGGAUAACCUGAGAUGGCAAAGAGUUUGUGGAAAGGAUGGAACACUUACUAAGUCUAUCCAGGCGAGAGUCUUGAUGGAGCAGAAAAGAAGAGAUUCUCUUUGUAGUACAUGGCAGUUUAGGAAAAUGGACAAGAAUUUUGAUGCAUCAAAAGAAAGAGAAUGCUUCUCAUGCUUUUAUGAUCUGCAUCUCUCUGCUUCAGGCUGUGUGUGCUCUCCAAAUCGUUUUGCAUGCUUAACCCAUGCAGAACUACUUUGCACAUGUGAUCCGGGUAAAAGGUUUUUCAUUUUUCGCUAUAACAUGGAAGAAUUAAAUACCCUUCUGGAAGCUCUAGAAGGGGAUUUGAAUGCCAUGAGACAUUGCGCAUUAGAUAUAGUAAGACCGAUCCAACUUUCACAACUGGAAGUGAAGGAGAGGUCUGGAGAGAUGAAGUCAGCUUAUGCAUCAGAUAUAAAGUACUCAGACCAAAGCUCAUAUAAAUCACAGAAACAAUUUAUCAGUAACAAUAAUGGAGAUGCAGAUACCUCUUAUCAGGAUAAUGGAAGUCAGGUAUGCAAAGCUGUAAGUGAGAGCCCUGCUUGUUUCCAAAGGACAAAAGAAAUCCCUGACAUCAAUGGGUCAUGCAAAUCUGACCAUAAUAAUGCUUCAAAAGUUAUGGAAGAAAAUCGUCAAGGGCCAAGAAUGUUUUAUGCUUCUAGUGUAAAGGAUGAAUUUGGAAGUGAGAACCUUGACAAAGAACCCUUCCUUACCAAAUCAGAUGCAGUUGAUAUGCAGCAACUUGAAGUUGCAUCCAAGUCAUUGAGGGAUAAUUUGUUUGAUGGUAGCACAGGUGAAAAGCAUCACAGACAGUCUUCUGAUCAAAAUAGCAGGCAACCAGCCAAAGAAUCAAAUAGUAGAAUUCCUGCAUGUCUUGAUAGCAAAGAAGAGCAAGGCUGGAGUUCUCCUAUGUUAAAAAAGUCACAUUACUCAUGUUCCUUGGGCGUUGAUGAUCAUGCAUGUGAUAGAACUCAGCUGGAAUGCAAGUCUAAGAUAACCAAUAGCAUGUUGAUAUCAAGUCCUGACUACAGAUACUCCGUUUUGCCAUGCCAUCCUUCUGAGUUGGUUGCCCAGUAUGAUUUGACCAACAAAAUUUUAAAUGUGGUAUCAUGUCCCCAAGGUGCUGAACAUCUCCCCAAAUCCAGUCCAAAGCUAUUUGGAUAUGAGCUUCGGAGACUUCAGCGGCACCGAACCACACAUUCAGAUGGUGAAGGUACUCGACUCAUGGGUGCUGAUCUGUCUCAAUUUAAUGAAUUGGACCAACCUAGUCAUGAAACUGAAAAAGUGAACCAGAGAUCAAAGUAUUUUAUUGAGCCUCUUAACUUUGGAAUGGUAAUGCCGGGAAAGCGAUGGUACACUAAGAAAGCAAUAUUUCCAAAAGGAUUCAAAAGCCGGGUCAGAUUUUUCAGCAUCCUUGAUCCUACAAAGAUAUGUAACUACAUCUCGGAAGUACUGGAUGCUGAACUUCUUAGGCCUCUGUUUAAGGUUACAGUAGAAGAGAACCAGGAGCAGACCUUCAUGCAUGUUUCGGCACAGCAGUGUUGGGACAUGGUUCGAGAUAGACUGAACCAAGAGAUCAUAAAACUAUGUAAUCAUGGGAAGCGAAAUCUCCCUCCAUUGCAGCCGGCAGGGAGCAUAGAUGGGCUUGAAAUGUUUGGCUUUCUAUCCCCAUCAAUAAUUCAGGUUAUCGAGGCUCUCGAUCCUCAUCACCAGUGUUCAGAUUACUGGGCAUCAAAGUCGAAUGUACUGUUGACAUCUGAACUGAUUGAAGUCACCCACCCACCUAUAGAGGUGGUUAAGAACUCAGCUUCCAGAAAUGAGCCAGAGAAGAGCCUACUUCGAUCAAGAAAUACAAGAAAAACAGAAAACAAGUUGUUUGGCGUAGAUAUAACUCGGUCAGAGAAGGAUCAACCGGAUAGGAGCAGCUGUAUACUGGCUGAAGAGGUCCAGGAUGUGCUCGGAGGAUUGUUCAGAAAGGCAAGCAUGGAAGAAUUAAGAAUGGUGCACAAAAUAUUCUGCAGUAGUUCAGGAAGCAACAAUUGGAGAGCAGCAUUAGAUACAUUGCUGGAUGAGAUUCAGAGGAAGGCACAUAAAUAAGAAUUUAUACCAAAGCAUGCAUAUAAUUUGUCUCUUGGGGACAAGCUGAUGCGGAGAACAACCAUAAGCCGGUUGACACCUGUCCUUGAGGGUCAUCAUUCUUUCUUCCAUAAGUAACAUGACUACAUUUCUAGGUUUUUUCACACAAUUUCUAGUUGGUUUAUCCUUUCCAAGCUCCAUACAGACCAUGGUGGGGUCUGGCAUUCUUCUAAAUGCAAUUAUGCCCCAUCAUGUUCGUAUGGAGUUCCUUUUUUUCUUUUCCUCUUAUUGGAUUAUGGGUUUCAGCUUUAUGGGCCCAUGUAAUUCACAAUGAGAUUAAUUGCUUCACAGUGUAGAACACUUUUAACUCAUAAAUCAGGAGAAGAAUUUUGAGCACUAGUGGUUACAGUAAAAACAGUUCUGUUAUUUUAU